GGAGAGGAAACAUGGCCGCGGCCGUGGGGGGCUCACGUGUGGGUGCUGGGAAAAAGCUGAAAAAUUCGCUGAAGAAGAAGAAGAAGAUGAAAAUGGUAGCCAGGGCAGUAGCUUCGGAGUUGGAAGAUGAGGGCAAAGACGCUGCUGACAGUGGAGGUUCUGUAGGAAGUUGUGAAUCAGAAAAGGAUCACUUUUCUACAGAUGAUGAAGCAGUGGAAGCUGACAAUGAAGAUGAAGUUGAACCCUGUGGCAAUGGAAAAGAACAUACAGCCGAAGCUAGUGUUGGAACUAAUGUGGGCUGGGCGGAUGCCAUGGCUAAAAUUCUUAACAAGAAAACUCCUAAAAGUAAAUCCACUAUUCUGGUCAAAAACAGAGAGCUGGAAAAGGAAAAAGAAAAGUUAAAGCAAGAGAGACUAGAGAAGAGAAAACAGCUUGAUAAGAAGCGGGAAUGGGAAAUGAUGUGCAGAGUAAAGCCAGAUGUUGUCAAAGACAAAGAAACAGAGAGAAAUCUUCAGAGAAUUGCAACAAGGGGUGUGGUACAGUUAUUUAACGCCGUUCAGAAGCACCAAAAGAACGUUGAUGAAAAGGUUAAAGAAGCUGGAAGUUCUAUUAGAAAACGUGCUAAGUUGAUAUCGACUGUUUCCAAGAAGGAUUUCAUCAGUGUUCUGAGAGGGAUGGAUGCAAGUACAAGUGAGAAAAGUUCGACUGGAAAGAACUUGAAAGCCAAACAGACUGAAGUGAAAUCAGAAGAGGGCCCUGGAUGGACAAUCUUACGUGAUGAUUUCAUGAUGGGAGCAUCCAUGAAAGACUGGGACAAAGAGAGUGAUGACGCGGAUAACCAGUGAGCCAGGGUCUGGGAGCGACUCGGAUACAUAAGACUGUAGAGGAAACACAGCGUACAGUCAUUGUAUUUUUCUUAGCAAAAUGCUCUGUGUUCUCAGAGUUAUGCGGCUGUGAAGCUAUCAUUUGUAAGAAAGCCAAAAGACUUUUACUAUUACCAACUUGGGUGUUUUCUCUUUUCGUGAAAACUUUGUUAAAUUAAGUUUUUCAAACCUUGUAUGAUUUUAAGCAUUGUUUCUCAAACAUGUAAAAAGGAGUAUUACUGCUUAACUAGCGAGAUGCACAUUUUGCCCAGAUCAUUAUAAGUUUACGUGUUGGUCAUGGAUAUUGGUAUUUUGUUGCAGUAUCAGCAGUUUCUAGAAAUGCAGUGCUUUUCAUAAUUAAAAUGAACUCCCUGAAGUUAAUAUUUUUCAGGUUUCCAACUUUACUGGUUCUGUGUGUUUGUACUUUCGUGAGGGGAGUUUAUGGCAUUUGUUUUGGUGAGCUAUUGUGAAACCUGUGUAGUGUAAUUUAACAUGAUAGUAUUUCUGAUUUAGCGUGAUGAUUUCAUUUUUAGAACUUGUGCUAUGUAAGAUUUAAGAAACACACCAAAUCUCUGCUUUUCUAUUAUGUCCUUUUAUAUGCUAAAACAUACAUAAGUGUUAGGUUAUUUUUGUAUGAGAGAUUUACUGAGGUGGAAAUUCUCAUGUUUAACUUAUGCAGUGAGGCAUAAUUUCUUAGAAAGCAUAUUUGACGUGUUUUAGACUCUCGCCCUGCCCCAGCUUUUCCCUGACACUUGAAUUAGCUUAAAUUCUCCUGCUUGGUUUGACUGACCAGGGAAACAGGAGAGUUAUUAGGCUGCAGGUGGUCUCGUCGGAAUGCUCCAUCUGUUUGGAGAUUUGGUUCCUUGGUGCUCCCGUAAAGAUGAUUAAAUUAGGUGGCUUAGUAUCUAGAUGUUAAACCAAAAGAAAGUAAGACUGUUGAAUAUAAUUCCAAAAUUUCUUUGAGACUAAGUCUAAAAUCUAAAGUUUAUAAAGGAAUUGUUUAAUAACUGUGAUCUGUUCCUUUUAAAAAAGGGAUCCAUUCCUUUUCCCAUCUUUCCAUCAUAAAAAUAGUUCCCUUCUACCACUCAUCUGCACAUACUUGCAUGCUCCCCUUGAACUUAUGCUGGAGCGGAGAGGUGUAUAUUUUCAAGCCCAUUUGAGUGUUACAGGUAUUACCUAUCCAAGGUUAAAUUAGUCCAUGACCUGGUACUUGUUAUCAUA